AUGUCUACUGGUGAUUCAAAACCAUCCGAACCAAAAGGUGACUUUGGUUUAAUCGGUUUGGCCGUUAUGGGUCAGAAUUUGAUUCUUAAUGCUGCUGAUCAUGGCUACACCGUUGUUUGCUACAACAGAACAACUUCAAAGGUUGAUCAUUUCUUAGCCAAUGAAGCUAAGGGUAAGCCAAUUAUUGGUGUUCAUUCAGUUCAAGCUUUAGUUGAAAAUUUGAAAAGACCAAGAAAAAUCAUGUUGUUGGUCAAAGCCGGUGAUGCUGUUGACAACUUUAUUAAUCAAUUGCUUCCUUUCUUGGAAAAGGGCGACAUUGUUAUUGAUGGUGGUAAUUCUCAUUUCCCAGAUUCUAACAGAAGAUUUGCUGAAUUGAAAGAGAAGGGAAUUUUAUUCGUUGGUACCGGUGUUUCUGGUGGUGAAGAAGGUGCCAGAACUGGUCCAUCAUUAAUGCCAGGUGGUAACGAAGCUGCAUGGCCUGAAAUCAAAGGUAUUUUCCAAGACAUUGCCGCCAAGUCAGAUGGGGAACCAUGUUGCGACUGGGUUGGCGAUGCAGGUGCAGGUCAUUACGUCAAGAUGGUUCAUAAUGGUAUAGAAUAUGGUGAUAUGCAAUUGAUUUGUGAAGCCUAUGAUGUUAUGAAGAGAGUCGGUAAAUUCACAGACAAGGAAAUAGCCGAUGUUUUCGCAACAUGGAAUAACGGUGUCUUGGAUUCUUUCUUGAUUGAAAUUACAAGAGACAUUUUGAACUUUAAUGAUCCAACUGAUAAUACACCAGUUGUUGAGAAAAUUUUGGACACUGCUGGACAAAAAGGUACCGGUAAAUGGACUGCAGUUAAUGCUCUUGAUUUGGGUAUUCCAGUUACUUUAAUCGGUGAAGCUGUCUUCUCGAGAUGCCUUUCAGCUUUGAAAGAUGAAAGAGUCAAAGCUUCAACAAUUUUACAAGGUCCCGAAGUCUCUGGCGAAUCACCAGUCAAGGAUAAACAAAAAUUUGUUGAUGAUUUGGAACAAGCAUUGUAUGCGUCAAAGAUUAUCUCAUAUGCUCAAGGUUUCAUGUUGAUGAACCAAGCUGCUAAAGAUUAUGGUUGGAAAUUGAACAAUGCCGGUAUCGCUUUAAUGUGGAGGGGUGGAUGUAUCAUUAGAUCAGUGUUUUUGAAAGAAAUCACCGCUGCUUACAGAGAAAACCCUCAUUUGGACAAUUUGUUAUUCCACCCAUUCUUUAAAGAUGCCAUUACUAAAGCUCAAUCAGGUUGGAGAUCGUCUGUUGCUCAUGCUAUCACCUAUGGUGUUCCAACCCCAGCUUUCUCGACCGCUUUGGCCUUUUACGAUGGUUUAAGAUCAGAAAAACUUCCAGCUAACUUGUUACAAGCUCAAAGAGAUUACUUUGGUGCUCACACUUUCCAAGUUGCUAAAGGCAAAGGAACUGAGUUCUUGCCAGAAAACCAAUGGGUGCAUGUUAACUGGACUGGAAGAGGUGGUAACGUUUCUGCUACAACUUAUGAUGCUUAA